AUCGUACGUAGGUUGUUUCGGUUUCAAGCUGAAGAUUAUCCAUUGAUAGAUCAUACCUACGUGAUUUGAUCGUCUUUUUAAGACGUCGGCUAGAGUGAUUUACCAAGCAGCUGGUUACACUGACUACAUUUUAGUCUCCUAGCCUGCUACUAUACAUCUCGGGUUGACUCGGUCACUACUAACGACGGUUGUUUGUUUGGACCCUUGGUGGUUACCUUAACCGGUAUCUUAUCGGUCGAGCAAGGCUUGAACCUCACACUCAACCUACCUAAUCUGUACUUCAACCAACAACUUACAUUCCACGAUCAUCCAACUCUGUCAGCUACCUGAUCGACUGUCGACUACCAGUCCUCACCAACAACUCGCCCUUCUCCCUCCGCGAUGGCCAACGACAAGGGGGACAGUGGGCCUUCGGCCAUCGCUAUUGCCAGCAACAAGAUCCCAUUCUGGCGUCUGUUGACCGACCAAGGCGUGUUAACUCAGGAAAUUAUCGAUCAUCACUAUCCUGGAUCCGGUACCGAUGAGGAUCCGUAUGCAGUCACCUGGCUCCCCCAGGAUCCCCGCAACCCCAUGCAGUUCAGCGAGACGAAGAAGUGGACUUUCACCAUGAUGAUGGCGCUCGCGACCUUGGCCGUCGCCCUUGUGUCAUCAGCCUACACUGGUGGUAUUGUCGAAAUUGAAGAAGACUUUGGAAUCGGUACCGAGGUUGCGACCCUCGGUGUCUCUCUUUUCGUUCUUGGUUUCGCUAUUGGUCCGCUCCUGUGGGCACCGCUGUCGGAAAUGUUUGGCCGUCAAAUUGUGUAUUGUGUCACUUACAUGGCGCUCACGGCGUUCACUGCCGGCGCUGCUGGUUCCAAGAACGCCUGGACCCUCAUCAUCCUUCGUUUCUUCGCAGGUUCUUUCGGAUCGUCGCCCAUGACCAACGCUGGUGGUGUCAUCGCCGAUAUGUUCCCUGCCAGUCAAAGAGGUGUUGCGACAAGUUUGUUCGCCGCUGCUCCUUUCCUGGGUCCCGUGCUCGGCCCUAUUAUUGGCGGUUUCCUGGGUAUGAAUGCCGGAUGGAAAUGGGUGAUGGGUUUCCUGGGUGCCUUCACGGGCGUUGUCUGGAUUCUUGGAUCGUUGACUGUCCCGGAAACCUACGCACCAGUCCUGCUUCGUCGCCGUGCAGAGAAACUGACCAAGCUUACCGGAAAGAUCUAUCGCAGCAAGACCGACAUCGAUCAGGGCAAGACCACCCUUGGACAGGCCUUCAAGACUGCGCUGUCCCGCCCCUGGAUCCUGCUCUUCAAGGAGCCGAUCGUGUUCCUGCUUUCUCUCUACAUCGCCAUCGUUUACGGAACCCUCUACAUGCUGUUCGCUGCCUAUCCUAUUGUCUACGAGCUGCACCGUGGCUGGAACCAGGGAGUUGGCAGUCUUCCAUUCUUAGGCAUCAUGGUGGGUAUGAUCGGGGCUGUGGUUUACAACAUCCUCGAUAACAAGCGGUACAUUCGUGUUUCUCAGAAGCACGGCGGCUUCGCGCCCCCAGAGGCUCGCCUGCCCCCAUGUCUGAUUGCCUCUGUUGCGAUUCCAGUUGGUCUCUUCUGGUUUGCCUGGACAGACUACGUGUCUAUUCACUGGAUGGCUAGUGUGGCCGCUGGAGUUCCCUUCGGCUUUGGCCUCGUCCUGGUAUUCUUGAGCAACCUUUCUUAUCUCAUUGACACCUACACCAUCUUCGCCGCUUCGGUCCUGGCCGCCAACUCCGUUCUGAGAUCUAUCUUCGGUGCCGUGUUUCCUCUUUUCACGACCUAUAUGUACGAGGAUCUUGGUAUUCACUGGGCUACCUGUAUCCCGGCUUUCUUGGCACUGGCCUGUGUGCCUUUCCCCUUCAUGUUCUACAAGUAUGGACCCGCCAUUCGCAAGCGCUGCAAGUAUGCUGCCGAAUCCGACGCUUUCAUGCGACAGAUGCUGGCGCAGCACAUGAAGAAGGCCGAGGUCGCACCCGAAGAACCCCAGGAGGAAACCAAGGAGGAGCAUGGAUUCGACCGCACCGAAGCCCCGGCUGCCGAGACCCUUAGCGCUGAUUCCGACUCGAGCCACAAGGAGAGAUUGACGGACCUGCACCGCACUCGCAGCAAGGCCUCGACUCAUACGGUGAACUCCGUUCGCCAGUCGCUUUACGAGGGUAACCCCUAUGACAUCGACCGGGUCCACACUCGCGAGUCCUUCAAAGCUUGAUUCCGCAUCGCACACGCAGUUUUGAAGGUCGAACUCCUACCUGCGA